UGCAGCUCCAGCAGCAAUGGCAGUUACGGCGUUGGCGGCAAGGACGUGGCUUGGCGUUUGGGGCGUGAAGACCAUGCGAGCCCGAAGCUUCGGCUCGGAUCAGUCUGAGAAUCUCCAUCGGGGCACGGGCUCCAUCCGGGAAGCCGGUGGGGCCUUUGGAAAGAGAGAGAAGGCUGAAGAGGAAUGAUAUUUCUGAGCACAGACUAGAGAACAACUGGCAGCUUUGAAAAAACACCAUGAAGAUGAGCUCAUUCAUCAUAAGAAGGAGAUUGAGCAUCUGCAGAAAGAAACUGAGCAGCAUAAGCAGAAGAUCAAAAUACUAAAACAUGAUGAUUAAGUGCACACAGUCCUCCAUAGAAUGGCACAUGUCAUUGCCCACUUCUGUGUAGACAUAGUUCUGGUUUAAUUAAUAUUUGUCUGUGUGCUACUAACAGAUUAUAAUAAAUUGUCAUCAAUGAA